CGGAAUCCGGGUCCACAAAUGUCACAACCGAAAAUGGUGAACGGCCCGUACAGUUGACAAUCCACCGCAGCGGAUGAUGCAAAUGAUCUUCUACCACGUGGCAAUUUUGGAGUAAUCCAAUAGGCCGUAUAUGGACAUGGCCCAUUUACAUGGACGGCGUGGACCUACUUUCACCUGCCACCCCCGUUUGAAGAACGGUUCUUCCCAAAGGUGUGCCGGUCUCCGUCGACCCAAAUCCUACAGAUACGCUUACUUAGAGAAGAAUAUCUAUUCCGUUACCGUUUCAGCUUCCUCAGGAUUCGUUCCAGCAUUAAAAUCAUUUGAUUUCUUCCCUAUUUUUGUAUUUUAUCAUUUCAUCGAAUUUCUUUGGUAGCGGAAGAAGAUGUUAUCGUUUGGAUGCUAUCUCCUUAUCUUGGUUCUUCCAUUCAAUUGCUUUGGCCCAUUUCAGUCCACAGCGGCUGUUCUUCCUCAAGAUGAAGUGGAGGCUUUAAGAGAAAUAGGAGGAGCUUUGGUGAAAACAGAUUGGGAUUUCAGCGUCGACCCUUGCAGCGGAGGAUCGAGUUGGGUCCAACCUGGUACGAACAAGGAAAAUAACAACACCGUCUCAUGCAACUGCACCACCGUCUGCCACAUCGUCGGCAUAGGCCUCAAACGUCAGAAUCUCUCAGGAGUGCUCCCACCAGCACUGGCCAGGCUUCCCUACCUCAAGGAUAUCGAUCUUACCCGCAACUACCUCAACGGUACAAUCCCUACACAAUGGGCCACAAUGCGAUCAUUGCAGACCAUCUCUGUUCUUGGAAACCGCUUAUCGGGGCCAAUCCCAAAGGAAUUCGGAAACCUUACAGCUCUCACAAGUCUGGUCCUCGAUGCCAAUCAGUUUUCCGGAGGUCUUCCUCCAGAGCUCGGGAAUCUGGCCAACCUAGAGAGAUUUAUAGUUCCCUCAAACCAGUUCACAGGGGAGUUGCCAGAGACGCUUGCAAAGCUCACAAACUUGAAGGAUUUUAGGAUAAGCGAUAACCGCUUUACUGGAAAGAUACCUGAUUUUAUUCAGAACUGGACACAACUUGAAAGAUUGGAUCUGCAAUCAUGCGGUUUAGAAGGACCAAUUCCUUCUGGCAUUUCUCGUCUGGAAAGAAUGAUCACCUUACUUAUUAGCGACUUAAAUGGACCAGAAUCGGCUUUUCCGGAUCUGAGUAAAAUGUUAAAAAUGCGGAUAUUGGUGUUGAGGAAUUGUAAUCUUACUGGAGAGAUCCCUCCUUACAUUGGGGGAAUGAUAGAACUAACAACCUUAGAUCUCAGCUUUAACAAAUUGGAAGGAAACAUUCCAAGCACCUUCAAAAGCCUAGAAACGAUGGAAUUCAUGUAUUUGACUAGCAACUUGCUAACUGGACCUGUACCACAAUGGAUGCUGAAUAAAGGAGCAAACAUUGACCUUUCUUACAACAAUUUUACAUGGGAAAGACCUGGAUCAUCUGAAUGUCCACCCACAGACAUCAACUUGUUUGGAAGCUCUUCUGCAGGGAACAAUACAAAUGGUGCUUUUCCAUGCUCAAAGGAUAACUUCCAUUGUUCAAAACACUUUCACUCCUUACAUAUAAAUUGCGGUGGAGAUCGGAUAGUUAUCAACGGAAACACCACCUAUGAAGAAGAUAAAGAAACAUCUGGUGCUUCAAAAUUUGCUUUGAGUAGUGGAAGAAACUGGGCGCUCAGCAGCACCGGAAGCUUCAUUAACGACAAGUAUUUCGAUGACUACAUAGCCGAAAAUAAAUCCAAACUCUCUAUGCCCAACUCUGAAUUGUACACUAGGGCACGCCUUUCUCCUAUCACCCUCACAUAUUAUGGACUUUGCCUUUUAAAAGGGAAUUACACAGUGAAACUCCACUUUGCAGAGAUAAUUUUCACAGAUGACAAAACAUUUAAUAAUCUUGGGAGGCGCAUAUUCGAUGUUUAUAUUCAGGGAAAACUAGUUUUGAAGGAUUUCAAUAUCAAUGAUGAGGCAGGUGGUUUUGGUCGUGCAGUCGUGAAGAAUUUUACUGUGGCUGUGAAUACUAACAGUUUGGAGAUCCGCUUCUAUUGGCAUGGAAAAGGGACAAAAUCCAUCCCUGAUAGGGGAACCUAUGGUCCUCUAAUAUCAGCUAUAUCUGUGGACCCUGACUUUCCACCACCGAAAGAUGGCAAGGCAAUAUCUAUUGGUGCUGUCUUUGGGAUUGUAGCGGCAGCAUUAUCCUUUGUUUUCUUGGUUUUGGUCAUCCUCUGGAAGAAAGGCUGCCUGGGUGGCAAAUCCUCAACUGACCAAGGUAGAAAGAAAUCUACCAUAUUAGAUCUUAAUCUAAAACGGAAAAAUCGUAGUGGUUUAGAUCUGCAAACCGGUUCCUUCACCUUAAGACAAAUUAAAGCUGCCACUGACAACUUUGACAUUUCCAACAAGAUUGGAGAAGGUGGAUUCGGUUCCGUUUACAAGGGUCUAUUACCAGAUGGUACCAUAAUUGCAGUGAAGCAACUUUCAUCCAAAUCAAGUCAAGGAAACCGUGAAUUUCUGAACGAGAUAGGCAUGAUUUCUGCUUUGCAUCAUCCGAAUCUUGUGAAGCUUUAUGGUUGUUGUAUUGAAGGAGAUCAAUUAUUGCUGGUAUAUGAGUACAUGGAAAAUAAUAGCCUUGCCCGUGCUCUCUUUCGUCUAGAAGAAUGUCAAUUGCAGCUUGAUUGGCCUACAAGGUACAAGAUUUGUGUUGGAAUAGCAAGAGGUCUUGCUUUUCUCCACGAAGAAUCGAGACUGAAAGUUGUUCAUAGAGAUGUCAAAGCCACUAAUGUGCUGCUCGAUAAGGAUCUGAACCCUAAGAUAUCUGACUUUGGUUUGGCAAAGCUUAAUGAAGGAGAGAAAAGCCAUAUUAGCACUCAAAUAGCUGGAACUAUCGGAUACAUGGCGCCUGAGUACGCAGUACAUGGUUACCUGACAGACAAAGCAGAUGUUUACAGCUUCGGCAUUGUUGCUUUGGAAAUAGUCCGUGGGAAGCGAAUCACAAGUUUCGUGCCAGAGGGGGAUUGCAUUCAUCUGGUGGAUUGGGUAUACAUUCUGCAAGAGAGAGGAACUCUAUUGGAGCUUGUAGAUCCUAGCUUGGGUUUGGAAUUUAAUGAAAAAGAGGUGAUUUCGAUGUUAAAUGUCGCACUCUUGUGCACUAAUGCAUCUCCUACACUUAGGCCUACCAUGUCUGCUGUAAUAAGCAUGCUCGAAGGUCACACUGCCAUUCAAGUUCCAACCCAGAAUCCAAGUUCGUCCAUUGAUGAUUCGAAGUUCAUAACUAUUGGUAAACGUUAUCAUCAGAGCCCAAACCAGAGCUCAAGUUCAAGCCCGAGCCAGACGUUAAUUACACCGAUGGAUCAAGCAGGGACUGGCUCAUCUGCAUCUGCCCAUGAUCUCUAUCAAAUAAAUGUGGAUUCCCAAUAUUGGGAUGAAAGAGAGGUUCAUUUUUUGCCAACUGUUGCGGAUGUCAUGGACGAUUUGCUGAACUCAAGAGGCUUAGAAUUACAGCCUGGGCACAUUAGCUUAAAACAGAUUAAAGCUGCAACCAAUAACUUUGAUCCUGCAAAUAAGAUAGGUGAAGGCGGGUUUGGUCCAGUCUACAAGGGUACACUGUCUGAUGGUUCCAAGGUUGCUGUUAAGCAGCUCUCUUCUAGGUCCAAGCAAGGGAACCGUGAGUUCCUAAACGAGAUAGGCAUGAUAUCUGCUCUACAACACCCAAAUCUUGUGAAACUUUUUGGAUGUUGUGUAGAAGGAAACCAGCUGCUUGUGAUAUACGAAUACAUGGAAAACAAUUCCCUUGCACGUGCACUAAUAGAAGCAUGUGUAGGUCGUGAGGAACAUAGGUUGAAGCUGGACUCGCCAACAAGGCAUAAGAUUUGCUUUGGGAUAGCGAGGGGUUUGGCCCAUCUACAUGAAGAAUCAAGGCUGAAGAUUGUUCAUCGAGAUAUAAAGGCAACCAAUGUUCUGCUUGAUAAGGAUCUUAAUACUAAGAUAUCUGACUUUGGUUUGGCUAAGCUUGAUGAAGAGGAAAACACCCACAUCAGCACUAGAAUAGCUGGAACCAUAGGAUAUAUAGCUCCUGAAUAUGCAAUGAGGGGUUACUUGACUGACAAAGCAGAUGUUUACAGCUUCAGAGUCGUUUUGCUGGAGAUUGUCAGUGGGACAAGCAACACGAAUUGCAUGCCAAAGGAAGAUUUUGUUCAUCUUCUUGACUGGGCCUAUGUGCUACAAGAACAGGGAAGUCUCCUAGAUCUUGUAGACCCGAGCCUCGGAUUAGACUACUCUGAGGAAGAGGCAUUGAGGAUGCUGAAUUUGGCUCUCUUAUGCACCAACCCGUCUCCUAGCUUGAGGCCAGCAAUGUCUGCUGUGGUUAGCAUGCUUGAAGGGAAAAUAGAAGUGCCAGCCGCACUUGUGAAGCGGAGUUCGAGGAGUGAGAAUUUGAGUCGAAUUCCCUAUUUAAAUAGCAGAACAUCUGUUUCUAUUAUUCAACUCCGCUAUUUAUCUUUGUUUCCGUCUCCUGGAUACGCUUACCUUGAGAAGAAUAUCUAUUCCGUUACCGUUUCAGCUUCCCCAGGAUUCGUUCCAGCAUUAAAAUACUUUGAUUUCUUCCAUAUUUUUGUAUUUUAUCAUUUCAUCGAAUUUCUUUGGCAGCGGAAGAAGAUGUUAUUGUUUGGAUGCUAUCUCCUUGUUUUGGUACUUCCAUUCAAUUGCUUUGGCCCAUUUCAGUCCACAGCGGCUGUUCUUUCUCAAGAUGAAGUGGAGGCUAUAAGAGAAAUAGGAAGAGCUUUGGUGAAAACGGAUUGGGAUUUCAGCGUGGACCCUUGCAGUGGAGGAUCGAGUUGGGUCCAACCUGGUACGACCAAGGAAAAUAACAACACGGUCUCAUGCAACUGCACCACCGUCUGCCACAUCGUCGGCAUAGGCCUCAAACGUCAGAAUCUCAGAGGAGUGCUCCCACCAGCACUGGCCAGGCUUCCCUACCUCAAGGAUAUCGAUCUUACCCGCAACUACCUCAACGGCACAAUCCCUACACAAUGGGCCACAAUGCGAUCAUUGCAGACCAUCUCUGUUCUUGGAAACCGCUUGUCGGGGCCAAUCCCAAAGGAAUUCGGAAACCUUGCCACUCUCACAAGUCUGGUCCUCGAUGCCAAUCAGUUUUCUGGAAGUCUUCCUCCAGAGCUCGGGAAUCUGACCAACCUAGAGAGAUUUAUGGUUCCCUCAAACCAGUUCACAGGGGAGUUGCCAAAGACGCUUGCAAAGCUCACAAACUUGGAGGAUUUUAGGAUAAGUGAUAACCACUUCAAUGGAAAGAUACCUGAUUUUAUUCAGAACUGGACACAACUUAAAAGAUUGUAUCUGCAAUCAUGCGGUUUAGAAGGACCAAUUCCUUUUGGAAUUUCUCGUCUGGAAAGAAUGAUCGCCUUACUUAUUAGUGACUUAAAUGGACCAGAAUCGGCUUUUCCGGAUCUGAGUAAAAUGUUAAAAAUGCAGAAAUUGGUGUUGAGGAAUUGUAAUCUCGCUGGAGAGAUCCCUGCUUACAUUGGGGGAAUGAUGGAACUAACAGUCUUAGACCUCAGCUUUAACAAAUUGGAAGGAAACAUUCCAAGCACCUUCAAAAGCAUAGAAACGAUGCAAUUCAUGUAUUUGACUAGCAACUUGCUAACUGGACCUGUACCACAGUGGAUGCUGAAUAAACGAGCAAACAUUGACCUUUCUUACAACAAUUUUACAUGGGAAAGACCUGGAUCAUCUGAAUGUCCACCCACGGAAAUCAACUUGUUUGGAAGCUCUUCUGCAGGGAACAAUACAAAUAGUUCUUUUCCAUGCUCAAAGGAUAACUUCCAUUGUUCAAAACACUUUUACUCCUUACAUAUAAAUUGUGGUGGAGAUCGGGUAGUUAUCAACAGAAACACCACCUAUGAAGAAGAUAAAGAAACAUCUGGUGCUUCAAAAUUAACUUUGAGUAGUGGAAGAAACUGGGCACUAAGCAGCACCGGAAACUUCAUUAGCGAGUAUAUCGAUGACUACAUAGCCGAAAAUAAAUCCAAACUCUCUAUGCCCAACUCUGAAUUGUACAUUAGGGCACGCCUUUCUCCUAUCACCCUCACAUACUAUGGACUUUGCCUUUUGAAAGGGAAUUACACAGUGAAACUCCACUUUGCAGAGAUAAUUUUCACAGAUGACAAAACAUAUAACAAUCUUGGGAGGCGCAUAUUCGAUGUUUAUAUUCAGGGAAAACUAGUUUUGAAGGAUUUCAAUAUCAAAGAUGAGGCAGGUGGUUUUGGUUGUGCCGUCGUGAAGAAUUUUACUGCGUCUGUGAAUCGUAACAGUUUGGAGAUCCGCUUCUAUUGGCAUGGAAAAGGGACAACAUCCAUCCCUAAUAGGGGAACCUAUGGUCCUCUAAUAUCAGCUAUAUCUGUGGACCCUGACUUUCCACCACCGAAAGAUGGCAAGGCAAUAUCUAUUGGUGCUGUCAUUGGGAUUGUAGUGGCAGCAUUAUCCUUUAUUUUCUUGGUUUUGGGCAUCCUCUGGAAGAAAGGCUGCCUGGGUGGCAAAACCUCAACUGACCAAGAUCUUACAGGUUUAGAUCUGCAAACUGGUUCCUUCACCUUAAGACAAAUUAAAGCUGCCACUGACAACUUUGACAUUUCCAACAAGAUUGGAGAAGGUGGAUUCGGUUCCGUUUACAAGGGUCUAUUACCAGAUGGUACCAUAAUUGCAGUGAAGCAACUUUCAUCCAAAUCAAGUCAAGGAAACCGUGAAUUUCUGAAUGAGAUAGGCAUGAUUUCUGCUUUGCAUCAUCCGAAUCUUGUGAAGCUUUAUGGUUGUUGUAUUGAAGGAGAUCAAUUAUUGCUGGUAUAUGAGUACAUGGAAAAUAAUAGCCUUGCCCGUGCUCUCUUUCGUCUAGAAGAAUGUCAAUUGCAGCUUGAUUGGCCUACAAGGUACAAGAUUUGUGUUGGGAUAGCAAGAGGUCUUGCUUUUCUCCAUGAAGAAUCAAGACUGAAAGUUGUUCACAGAGAUGUCAAAGCCACUAAUGUGCUGCUUGAUAAGGAUAUGAACCCUAAGAUAUCUGACUUUGGUUUGGCAAAGCUUGAUGAAGGAGAGAAAAGCCAUAUUAGCACUCGAAUAGCUGGAACUAUCGGAUACAUGGCGCCUGAGUACGCAGUACAUGGUUACCUGACAGACAAAGCAGAUGUUUACAGCUUCGGCAUUGUUGCUUUGGAAAUAGUCCGUGGGAAGCGAAUCACAAGUUUCAUGCCAGAGGGGGGUUGCAUUCAUCUGGUGGAUUGGGUAUACAUUCUGCAAGAGAGAGGAAGUCUAUUGGAGCUUGUAGAUCCUAGCUUGGGUUCGGAAUUUAAUGAGAAAGAGGUGAUUUCGAUGUUAAAUGUUGCACUCUUGUGCACUAAUGCAUCUCCUACACUUAGGCCCACCAUGUCUGCUGUAAUAAGCAUGCUCGAAGGUCGCACUGCCAUUCAAGUUCCAACCCAGAAUCCAAGUUCAUCCGUUGAUGAUUCGAAGUUCAUAACCAUUAGUAAACGUUAUCAUCAGAGCCCAAACCAGAGCUCAAGUUCAAGCCCGAGCCAGACGUUAAUUACACCAAUGGAUCAAGCAGGGACAGGCUCAUUUGCAUCUGCCCAUGAUCUCUAUCAAACAAAUGUAGAUUCCCAAUAUUGGGAUGAAAGAGAGUAGAGGAAAUUAUCUCGAGUCCCAAUUCAUUUUUCUUUGUUAUGAAUUAGACUAGCAAUUACAUGCCAACGGAUGUAGUUCUAGAACGUUGGCAAGUUGUUUGAAUUCAGUUCAGCUUGUAUGCAUCAAAUGAAGCCAUUUUUUUGAAAAAAAAAAACUCAGGUGUGCUGAUAUGCUCCAUAGAUGAUUUUGACUACUAUUCUUUAAGAAAUUUCUGCAUGGAUGUCUUUUA